UGCCAAGUUGACAAUUUUGAUCUGCUUUCUAAAGGUCUGCUGAAAAAUGAAGCAAUUCCUGAAGGAGAAGAUGCUGUUGCUACAAUUAAUGUAGAAGCUCUGUCUGAAGAAGAACAAGAUGAACUUAGAAGAGAGCUUGCUAAGGUAGAAGAAGAAAUCCAGACUUUGUCACAGGUGUUAGCUGCCAAAGAGAAGCAUCUAGCUGAAAUAAAGAGGAAACUAGGCAUCACUUCACUGCAGGAGCUGAAACAGAAUCUUUCUAGAGGGUGGCAAGAUGUAACUUCAACAAAUGCGUAUAAGAAGACAUCAGAAACACUAUCUCAGGCUGGACAGAAAGCUUCUGCUGCUUUCUCAACAGUGGGUUCUGCCAUCACAAAGAAGCUGGAAGAUGUGAAAAAUUCACCAACAUUCAAAUCAUUUGAAGAAAAAGUGGAGAAUUUAAAGUCUAAGGUUGGAGGUAACAAGCCUGCCGGAGGUGACUUUGGAGAGGUCUUGAAUUCUACUGCCAACGCCAGUGCCACAGAAGCUACCACAAAGCAGACUGAAGAGGAGACUCAAUGAUUGCCUCACCGUUGUACUGUCUACUGCCAGAUGCUGCAAGCAAAUGCUGAUGUGCAUCACCUCUGCUGUUGACUCCUCCUAUACGUUCUUCUGUUUAGCACUUACCUUUCUAAAUAUUUAAUAGUUUCUUGAGGUUCAGAGUAUUUUUGAAAUAGGAAAAUACACUUGCCUUUGUUAAUCUGCAGGACAGGAAUUUUUAUGUAUUUUGAGUAUUAGACUUAAUUCCAGUCUAGGUAAUCACUAAGUUACUGCAUUACAAAAAAUUAAAAACAGAGCUGGAAUAUUAUGCAGGUUGGAUGUGACAUUUCCUAACCAUUGCCUCAUGUCAUGUCUCCUUUCACAGACAAACCUUAAAAGUCUUUGUCUAGUCAUUAAGUGGAUAGUCUUAGUUGAUCUUCUUUCAGUAAUAUACUUUGAACAAAUAAAUUGAUUGGAGUUUUGCAAUGGCUAUUUUAUCACAUUUUAUUGCAGUUUUGAAAACUGAAGUUUGGUAGUUUCCACAAACAUUUCAUCUGUGCUUUAUUGAAGUUCUCCAGAAAACAUUUAUUUUGACAGCUUAACUGAUCCCAAGCUGAGACGCAUUUUUGUCUUGGGGGUUAUAGAUGGACUUAAUUCAUUUUUUGCCUUGUCUACUGAAUGUUGCAGAAGUAAAAUGAACUCAUAGGCAUGAAGCAGAUCACAAAUGUAAAAUAUGUUGACUGAAUGCUUAAUACCGCGCAGCAGUGCUUCCAAAACAUUCCAUACUAUUAAAAGUGUUAAACAUUUAUUCCUCUGUCAUGGAUUUAAAAUUAUGGGACACAAUAUAUUUCAUCCACCUCUCAAUUAUAAUUGAAGUUGUGAGCAGGUUUAUACACUUGUGUACCUGGAUUCUGGGAAUUUGCAUCUGUAAGAUAAUGUCUUCAGUGAAGUAGGAGCCUAUCUAAAUUGGAAACCCUUGUUGAAGUUUGAGAGUACAUUUAAAUAUUGCAAUCAUAGAUCAAUUUGCUAUAUAAAAUGUUAAUUAAAUUUGCUGUAAAAAGAUUUGAUUUUCUAGAAGCAAAAUGUAUUCCACCUUUAUAUGUUUUACUUUCUGGCACCUUAUAAAACUGUAUUUUGCAGAUGUCUUUGCUAUCAUCAAGCUUGAACUAAACUAGAACACAUUAAGAUGCACUGUAACUUGGGCUUUGUCUUUAUAGCUGCACCAAAAAGGCUACAAAUUAUAUAAGUCAACUUAUGCUGUAUUUGACAGCUCUCUGUAGCAUUUCAAAUUUAGUCUAAAUACUUGAUUGCAUAUAAAAAUAAAAUGCAUUGUAUUAUCAAACAUAAA